UUCUGUUCGCGCGUGUAUUUCUAGUGUGCGCCAUGGAGUCUGGGCUGAUCCCGCGUUUAGCGUCGCGCCUGGGCAUCGCCGAGCCCAAAGUGCUGAGGAAAGCAGAGGAGUACUUGCGACUGUCCCAGGUGAAGUGUGCUCGCCUCUCUGCACGUACCACACAGACCAGCAGUGCAGUCAUGUGCCUGGACCUUGCAGCUUCCUGUAUGAAGUGUCCCCGGGACAGGGCUUAUUUAACUAAACUUUCUGGUUUGAACAAGAAGAUAUAUCAGAGCUGUCUUAAGUCUUUGGAGUGUUUACUGGGCCUGAAUUCUAAUAUCGGAAUAAGAGACCUAGCUGUGCAGUUUAGCUGCACUGAAGCAGUGAGCAUGGCUGCAAAGUUACUACAAAGCCUUGAUAUUUUUGAACCAGUAAUUCUGCAAACAUUGCUUUCCCUCAGCUACGAGUCCCAUCUGCCACAAACACAACAAGUGGAUCUUGACUUAUCCAGGCCGCUUUUCACCACGGCUGCCCUGCUUUCCGCGUGCAAGAUUUUAAAGCUAAAGGUGGAUAAAAAUAAAAUGGUAGCCAUAUCCGGUGUUAGAAAAGCCAUAUUUGAUCGACUGUGUAAACAAUUAGAGAAGAUCGGACAGCAGAUGAACGGAGAGCCUCAAGAUUCAGCUUGUCCGCGCCAGAAGAAAAGGAAGACAGUGGCUGAACGUCCAGCAAAGGAAGUAGAAAAGGCCGUCGAAGUCCCACAGAAGCCGCAAGAAGAUGAAGAUCUGAUGCAGGACUAUGAAGCGUGGAAAAGGGAAAUUCUGGAAAAUGCUGCCAAAGCACAAAAGGCUACCGCAGAGUGACUCCAGCUUCCAGACUGCUGUGUGCUACAGAGAGACAGUGUAUCCACCACCUCGGCUUUGGAAUUGUGUUUGGACUUUUAGAGCAGGACCCUAAGACUGCGGCCUCAGUAACAAGAAAGUGCACAAGGCCGAGUUCUGGGCAGCAGGCUGGCCCAGACUGGCUCAGCACGAUGCCUGCGUGGCAAAACCUUGGCUCCCCACAGGUCUGCGCUCCUGCAGAAUGGGAUUGGAGCCAUUUCACCCUUUCAUUUGAAGCAAAAGACAGGGCUCGUAUCCCAUCCAGGCUGCCCUGUCCUAUGGAUUUCAGGCUGAAUGGAGGCUCAGGUUUUACUUAAGCUUUUGUAGAAGUUUCUUGGUUUGGCUAAAUCAAUAUA